CCCCUAGAAAGCUGUUACCUUAUUGUCGAUCGAGUCUACACAAUUAACAACUUACAUUUAUCUCCACCGAUGUUUUCCCAUGGAUCACCAUGGAGCUGAUGCUUCGGAGGGUCACGUUCACCACAGUUCCCACGAUUCCCCCGGCUCAGAUCCUCCGAGCUCCGGCCACGAGGGACACCACUCCCCUGCGAUGGCACACCACUCCCACCACGCGGGGGAUAAGCAUGCAAAUCACGGAGAAGGAGGAGGAGACGAAGGAGGGCACCACAUGUCCAUGUUCUUUCACACCGGCGAUGCGGAGACCAUUCUGUUCCAGUUCUGGCGCACCGAGUCCGUGCUGGCACUCACCCUUUCCUGUCUGCUGAUCUUCCUGGUCGCCGUGCUCUACGAGGCCCUCAAGUUCUUCAGGGAGUGGCUCUUCGCGCGGAACCGGCGGAGACUGCAGGGAGGGAGGGGCGAGUACAACCCCCCGCCGAGGUACAGGGAAGCCAACUACGACUACAACCAGCCGACGUAUCCCCGGAGGAGCAGCCAGCAGUCCGGCACGCAGAUCUACGCCUACCGCCCGCGGUCGCCCUCGAUGCCGCCCCUCCAGCACUCGGGACACGGGCACGGACACGGACACGGGUCUCCGCCCAACCAGUCCUCGAUGAUCCUGACACCGCCCACCCACCACCACGUCCAGCAGGAUGGCCAGACCGCGGGAGAGCCGCGCAUCCGGCUGAAGGCCUGGUGCUCCAGGAUGCACCUGCUGCAGACCUUGCUGCACGUCCUGCAGGUCCUCAUAUCCUUCCUGCUGAUGCUCGUCUUCAUGACCUUCAACGUGUGGCUCUGCCUGGCCGUCCUGCUGGGCGCCGGCGUCGGGUACUACGCGUUCUGCGCCUUCGGCACGAGAGUUAACGAGCACUGCAACUGAACUGAUGGAUGGAUGGACGGAGACGGAGACGAGCUGUCUAGGAGCGCUGCUAAUGUGUUUUUCUAAUUAAAGCAGGCUGUAAAAAUCA